GAUAAUGAUGUUACUGCACUACUAGAUGUAGAAAACUCUGAAUUCCAACAGCUAUUAUCCAGGGGCCAUUUUACUUCCUAUGAAAAUCGCUUAUUCUUAGCUGGUCCCUGUAAUGUAGGCAAAACAAGUUUGGCAAGUAUACUGAUAGAUAUAAAGAUACCACUAGUAUGGGACUCAACUAAUGGACUUGAAAUAUGGUUUGGACGAAAUGGAAUUCAUAUUAAAGAUAAGAAGAUGAUACCUUUGCCUAGAAAUAGAGGUCAUGAUCAUAGUGAUAUUUAUGAAAAAGUGAUCUGUGGGAAGCCAACAGUUACUGCAGACAUGGAUUGGACUGAUCUGGAAACUGAUGUUAUUCAUUUACCCCCUCAUAAUGGUUCGACAUUGGAGGAUAUUGAAGUAACUGAAUCAAGCCCAAGAGUAGUUCUUAGUCACGCUGAACGUGAAGCAGAAAUUAAUUCAAGAACUGAAUUUAAAAUUCCAAUCAGCAGUAAUCCAACAUCAUUUUUACCAUCACAAAUUCAGGAAGAAAUCUUAGAACAAAUUAGGAAAGGUGAAUAUAGAAUGGAAAUAGCACCUACAGAUAUUGUUGAUUUCGGCGGACAAACUGCUUUUGAUAUGACCCAUCAACUCUUUAUACGACAUCGAGGUAUAGUUCUUUUAAUGUUUGAUGGAAGUAAAGACAUGGACACAGAAUUAAAGGAGGAAUACAACAAUAGUCAUGUUACAACCAGAUCUAUUCUGCAGCACUGGGUAAACUUCAUAUUGACUUACUGUUCAGAACCUGAUGAUGGGAUGCCACAGAUAGUAUUUGUAGCCACUCACAAAGACAAAGUAGUCAAAGUCAAUCAACGACGUGAAGAACUUAAAAAGAAGUUAGAUGAUCACUUUAAAGGACAUAACAAGAAAAACCACCUACAGUACAAUGAUCUUUUUUUCAUCAAUGCAACCGAUGUAAAUGAUCCUGAAAUAGAUAGAUUAAAAGACAGAUUGGUUAAUUUGGCCAUGACACAACCAACAUGGAAAGAACGAAUACCAAUGGCAUGGGUUCCACUUUUAUUACAGCUAGAUGAUAUGAGAAGUAAGAGGGCUACCAUAAUCAAAACGGCACAAAUAGAAGAUAUAAAUAAAGGUAACAACGAUUUGGCACUAACUGAAUCUCAACUUACAGGAUUGCUAAAGCAUCAACACAGAACAGGAAAGAUUUUGUAUUUCGAUGACCCAGGACUGAAUCAAUUUGUCAUUGUACAGCCAACAACUCUGGUCAAUAUUCUAAGAUCUUUUAUAACAGAUGAAAUGUUUUGGCUAGAAGCGCAUAAAUGUAUACUAAAAAGAUUAAAAAGAAGUGGAAAAUUGAGGAAGUCUGAUCUACUUAAAAUUUGGUCAGAUGAAAAGUACGAGAAAGACCUGCCAUCAAUUGAGUUCAAAGACUUUGUUAUACAGCUGUUAGUACACCUAGACAUUAUAAUUAAACCAGUACGAGAUAAUCAAUCAGACUUAGAUUUUUCUUUUUAUGUUCCAUGCAUGGUUACAGCGACAGAUCCUCAUUAUUUUGACGAAUAUAUCAGAAACUGGAAUGUAGAAGAAAGAAUAUGUUUGGCAUAUAAACUUGCAUUGCCAGUGGUUCCUCCAGCACUUGCAUUUCACUUUAUUGGAGCUGCAGUUAAUAUAUGGCCUGUCUGCGAAAAAGGUGGAAAAUCUCUUUUGUUCUAUAAUUCGGCUGUCCUUUAUAUUGAUAAACAUAAUGAACUUCUUAUUCGUGUUGAGGGUAACACAAUUAUCUUGUACCUAGUUAAUCAGCGUGUGAUUCCUAGAGAUAUUACAGCCAGUAUUCAAGAGUGUCUUACAUCUGCGUUAUACAAAAUUGUGUUUUUUUAUUACAACACCUUCGAAAGUUGUAAAAAAUCAAAUCUGGACAAAUCAAAAUUAUUUUCAAAACAAAUUGGUUUUGUUUGCCAGGAUAAACUGUGCGUUAUAGAUGUAGAAGAAGCUAUAAAGAGAAGCAAGUGGACUUGUGAGUAUCAAAAACAGAAGCACCAUGAAACAAGACUUCCCCUAAGUUGGAUCUUUGAUGAGAGAAAUUUUGGUUGCUCUGAAACUUGCCCUGGUUUGACAGAAGAAGAAUUGAAGAGGGAACCAACAGACAAACAACUUCUGCAUUUUGCUCAAAAUAUGGGAAUUGAUGAUUUUUUAUCUUUUGCAUCACAUAUAGGAGUUUCAGAAAGAAUAAUUCAAAAUCAUAUAUUCUUGUAUAAACCAGAUCCUGUUCAUAUAAUCUUCAUGAUUUUACAUUAUUGGAAAUCAAACACAGUGUAUCCGACAUUUACAGAUUUACUGCAAGGUUUAAUUAGAUCAGAUAUGAAUUGGCAACGACAGCAUAUUCUGUGCCAUGCUAUAAGACAGAAGUCAGAUUUAUUGCGAAUCAGUGGCGAACGCCUUGCAAAACUUACAAAUGUGCCAUUGCAAACAAUUCUGAAGGAUUUAUCUCAUGAAAUAGGGGACUGUUACAUUGAACUGGGAGUUGAAUUGGAAUUGAAAGUCAAUGAUAUAAUAGCAAUUUCCGUUGAAAAUGCUAGUGUAGCAAAUAAGAUGUAUACAAGGAAUUAUGAUAUCCUAAAGAAAUGGAAACAAUCAUGCCCUACAAAGCCAACAACUAUCAGACUAAUAUCUGCACUGGAAAAUGUAGGCAAAGGAGGACUUGAUUUUUUUGCUCAACAUUAUUUUGGAAGGGGAUGGAAUGAUUUAUUGAAAUCAGAUCAGGCAAACAAUUAAAUUCAAUAUAUCAUGAUUUUUCCUCCUUCUUUUUGUUUUUGCUUUUUAGAUAUUUAUUUAGUCAUGUUGUCAAUUUGACAGGGGAAACAUAACCAUAACAUCAUGUCAAUCAUGGUUCAUUGCUUUAGUUAAUGCAUUUUUUUUAAGGUAGAUACGGUCAGUUUGUAAAGAUCUUCUUUGAAAGUUAAACUGUAUAUCAUAAUAUUUGUUCUAUCAGUGUAUGAUUUCAAGGUUCUACAUCGAUAUUGAACAAAAGGGUAAAACAUGCUACACAGAGGAACAAGUGAUCAGUAUGCUGGAGUUUCUUAUUGACAACAUAUUUGUUGAAUUUGGAGGUAGACUUUUUCAACAAAUAGUCGACAUUCCUAUGGGAACGAACUGUGCACCUCUCCUUGCCGACCUCUUCGUAUUUUCAUAUGAAUCGUAGUUCCUUCAGACACUUGUCAGAAACAAGAAGAUCAAAGAGGCCAGGUUAUUUAAUUUCACUUUCAGAUAUAUUGAUGAUGUUCUUUCCAUUAUCAAUCCGAACUUUUCUGAUUGGGUUUCAUAAAUAUAUCCCCCAGAACUAGAAA